CCGAUGAUGUAACAAUCUCUCCGCGCAUGUUCACAGUCUCCGGGUGGACGGUGUUAUCCUCUCCGCUCAGAGCUGAAGUGUGUCGGUGGUGUGUUCGGGAAAGACUUUCGUCUCUUCCGUCGGGAUCACUGUCUGCGGGCCGAAGAUAUCACUUUCCCAUCGUUAGACCUGCAGUGAUAGGUUUAGUGGAAGAAAACGCAUGACUGAAGACGAGGGAACAGCAACAAGUGAACCAGCCCGAGGACUGAGAGCACCGACUGGAGAGAACCCAUCUGACUUGGAGAUUCCGGUGAUUCAGUCAGGAGAAAGUUUGGGCCAUGAGUUAAAAAUUUCGCUGUCGAUGAAAUGCGCAGGCGUCAGGCUGAGGACGUCCCCGAGUAUUAGGCAUGCGCGCAGCACACUGAAGGCAUUGAAAAUGUCGGAUGCAGGUUAAAAAUGACAAGGAAUUUGCCUACGGGAAUCUCGAACACAACACGCCAGUUUUGCUGUCUCUGUCCAGAUAUUUAAGAACAGGAGCAAGGGAUUCAGCCGAUCAUCCUUCCUGCUCAGACUGUGGGGAGGGAUUCACUUGAUCAUCUGACCAAUUGGCACGCCCAUUAGUUUACAUGGGGGGAGCCCAUUCAUCUGCUCAGACGGUGGGAAUGGAUUCACUCAGUCAUCUCAACUGAAGGUACAUCAGCAAGUUCACACUGGGACAAGGCCAUUCACCUGUUCUGUGUGUGAGCAGGGAUUCAGUGGGUCUUCCCACCUGUGGACACACCAGUCAGUUCACAUUGGUCAUCUGAAGAAUUUGUGGGGAAGCAUUCACUCUGUCAUCUGACCUAAUGGCUCACCAGCGAGUUCACACUCGGGAGCGGCCGUUCACCUGCUCAGACUGUGGGAAAGGAUUCACUCAGUCAUCUCAGUUACUGAGACACCAGUCAGUUCACACUGGGGACAGGCCAUUCAACUGCUCGCUCUGCGGGAAGGGAUUCACUUCCGCAUAUAAGAUACUGAGACACCAGUCAGUUCACACUGGGGAGAGGCCAUUCACCUGCUCAGACUGUGGGAAGGGAUUCACUUCAUCAUAUCAGCUACUGAGACACCAGUCAGUUCACACCGGAGAGUGGCCGUUCACCUGCUCAGACUGUGGGAAGCGAUUCACUGAAUUAUCUCGACUGAAGAUACAUCAGCGAGUUCACACUGGAGAGAGGCCGUUCACCUGCUCAGAUUGUGGGAAGGGAUUUGCUCAGUCAUCUCAACUGAAGGUACAUCAGCGAGUUCACACUGGGGAAAGGCCGUUCACCUGCUCGGACUGUGGGAAGGGAUUCACUUCAUCAUCUCUACUGAAGGUACAUCAGCGAGUUCACACUGGGGAGAAGCCAUUCACCUGCUUGGACUGUGGCAAGGCAUUCACUUCAUCAGCUCACUUACUGAGACACCAGCAGCGAGUUCACACGGGGGAGAAGCCAUUCACCUGCUCAAUCUGUGGGAAAGGAUUCACUUCGUCAUAUAAGUUACUGAAACACCGGUCAGUUCACACCAGAGAGUGGCCGUUCACCUGCUCAGACUGCGGGAAGGGAUUCACCGAAUUACCUCAACUUAAGAUACAUCAGCGAGUUCACUCCGGAGAGAGGCCAUUCACCUGCUCAAACUGUGGGAAGGGAUUCGCUCAGUCAUCUCAACUGAAGGUACAUCAGCGAGUUCACACUGGAGAGAAGCCUUUCACCUGCUCGGACUGUGGGAAAGGAUUCACUCAGUUAUCUCAACUGAAGGCACACCAGAGCGUUCACACCGGAGAGUGGCCAAUCACCUGCUCGGACUGCGGGAAGGGAUUCGCUUCGUCAUCCCAUCUGAAGAUACAUCAGCGAGUUCACACUGGAGAGAGGCCGUUCACCUGCUCAGACUGUGGGAAGGGUUUCUCUUCGUCAUCCCACCUGAAGGUACAUCAGCGAGUUCACACUGGGGAGAGGCCAUUCACCUGCUCUGACUGUGGGAAAGGAUUCACUUUGUCAUCUAAUCUUAAGCUACAUCAGCGAGUUCACUCUGGGGAGAGGCCGUUCACCUGCUCAGACUGUGGGAAGGGAUUGGCGUUGUCUUCCCACCUACUGAGACAUCAGUUAGUACACACUGGUGAGAGGCCAUUCACCUGCUCAGAAUGUGGGAAAAGAUUCACUUCGUCAUCUCAACUUAAGGUACAUCAGCGAGUUCACACUGGGGAGAGGCCAUUCACCUGCUCAGACUGUGGAAAAGGAUUCACUCAGUCAUCCCACCUUCAAGCACAUCAGCGAGUUCACACUGGGGAGAGGUCGUUCAACUGCUCAGAGUGUGGGAAGGGAUUCGCGUUGUCAUCUCACCUACUGAGACAUCAGUUAGUUCACACUGGUGAGAGGCCAUUCACCUGCUCAGAAUGUGGGAAAAGAUUCACUUUGUCAUCUCAACUUAAGGUACAUCAGCGAGUUCACACUGGUGAGAGGCCGUUCACCUGCUCGGACUGUGGAAAAGGAUUCACUCAGUCAUCCCACCUAGAAGCACAUCAGCGAGUUCACACUGGGGAGAGGCCAUUCACCUGCUUAGACUGUGGGAAGGCAUUCACACAGUUUGCUACCCUACAAGCACACCGGUCAGUUCACACUGGGGAGAGGCCGUUCACCUGCUCAGACUGUGGGAAAGGAUUCACUUCGUCAUAUAAACUUAAGGUGCAUCAGCGAGUUCACACUGGGGAGAAGCCAUUCUCCUGCUUAGACUGUGGGAAGGGAUUUGCGUUGUCAUCUCACCUACUGAGACAUCAGUUAGUACACACUGGUGAGAGGCCGUUCACCUGCUCAGACUGUGGGAAAGGAUUCACUCAGUCAUCCCAACUACAAGCACAUCAGCGAGUUCACACUGGGGAGAGGCCAUUCACCUGCUCAGACUGUGGGAAAGGAUUCACUUCAUCAUAUAAACUUAAGGUACAUCAGCGAGUUCACAUGGGGGAGAGGCCGUUCACCUGCUCGGACUGUGGGAAAAGAUUCACUUCGUCAUCUCAACUGGAGAUUCAUCAGCAAGUUCACACUGGGGAGAGGCCGUUCACCUGCUCAGACUGUGGGAAAGGAUUCACUCAGUCAUCCCAACUACAAGCACAUCAGCGAGUUCACACUGGGGAGAGGCCGUUCACCUGCUCAGACUGUGGGAAAGGAUUCACUCAGUCAUCCCACCUGCGAGCACAUCAGCGAGUUCACACUGGGGAGAGGCCGUUCACCUGCUCGGACUGUGGGAAGGGAUUCACUCAGUCAUCCCACCUGCGAGCUCAUCAGCGAGUUCACACUGGGGAGAAGCCGUUCACCUGCUUAGACUGUGGGAAGGGAUUUGCGUUGUCAUCUCACCUACUGAGACAUCAGUUAGUACACACUGGUGAGAGGCCGUUCACCUGCUCAGAAUGUGGGAAAAGAUUCACUUUGUCAUCUCAACUUAAGGUACAUCAGCGAGUUCACACUGGGGAGAGGCCAUUCACCUGCUCAGACAAUGGAAAAGGAUUCACUCAGUCAUCCCACCUGCGAGCACACUACUCAGUUCACACCGGGGAGACUCUAGACACCUGCUCGGACUUUGGGAAGAGAUUCUCUCAGUCAAAUCAACCAAAUGUGCAUCAUUGAGUUCUCACUGGAGAGACCGUUCACUGGAUGUGUGUCCAUCACCGUUGCUGAAUGCAAUUUCGAGACUGACUGUCGGUGCUGAACUCUGCAAUCAUUGCUGCUGCUCACCACACCCAGUUCUGCACCCUGGUCAAUGGGCAUGGGAGGAGUUUCUUCUGCUGCACAUUUACCUUUAAUAGGACUGGAGUUUAAUAUUUUGCA